AUGAAUUUUACUAAGUUGAACGUAAUAGUUGCUAACUCGCCGCACGGUAGCACUAAUAGUAGUGAGAGCAGUAACAGCAUAAAUCACGAUGAACGCGAUGAUGACGACGAUGAUAGCUGCUCGGACCCUACUAACAACAACGACAGUGAUGAUAGCAACAACACUGAUAAUGAGGAGGAAGAAAACGUUGAGGAGGGCGAAGUUAAUGAUUCCCAGAAUGAAACUGUCGAUGACACCCCACGGAGAAGAAAUAAAGAAGUUAGAAAUAGUGAUGAGUUGCCUGCUUCUCCUAGUACAGUUGGGGAAGAAUUAGUGUUGAAUGUUAAAGCUGAUGUCAAGUCCUCAUUAGGAUUAUCUACAAAACAGAAUGCAUCGGCAAAGUUAUACCACAACAAGGAAGGAGAGUUUUUCACUGGGUUUGAUCCAACAUCUGCAGAAUUCAAAGCCAAAACAGAGGAAAGGAUAAGAAGAUUCGGACAGAUUGCUCCCGCUUGUAACAUUCUCACGGAACAAUCACUGAAAGAACUCUUUGAAAGCCUGGGUGUGCCAGGGCCAGCUACAAAAACCACAACAACUGAUGACAGCAACAAUAUGGUGGGUGGAAUCAGCAACAGCAGCUGCAACAAAGAAGAUGUCAUCAUCAAUAACAUCAACAAUAAUGACAUUAGGUAUAACUGCAUUCACUUGAAGGGCACUAAUGAUAUGAGUACGAAGGACGUGUUCGAUUUCUUCAAACUCUUUCCUCCGUCUGCUAUCGAAUGGAUUGACGACGAAUCAUGCAAUGUAGUUUGGCUGGAGGAAAUUACAGCCUGCAGAGCCAUGCUGCAGAUGAGUAAGGUCAUAAAUAAGGUCAAAAUUCAUCAUGAUGAUGGAAGCGUCUGUGAUGGUGGCAGUGCUGGCAUACCUCUUGCAAAGUCCAAAGAUAGAAAAAAUUAUGAUAGGAUGAGUGAUAAUGAUGAUGACGAUGAAGAUGAUGAGGAGGAAGAGAAUGGUGGUAGUAAAGGCAAGAAUGAUGAGGAAGAUAUGGAGGUCGACGAUGAUGAUGACGAAACCAAUAAUAAUAAUAAUAAUAAUAAUAACAACAAUAAUAACAAUAAUUCUAGUGAGCAAGCCAACAACGGCAACAACAACAGUCAAACAGACAACAAACUUGACAGUAAUACUUCCAACACCAACGCGGAAAACGAGGACAAUAACAACAUUAAUGAUAAUAAUAAUAAUAAUAAUAAUAAUGGUAAUAAUAAUAUUAAUGAUAGUUAUUAUGACGGGGAUGUUAGCAUUCCAGAUGAUGGUUGGAAGUACAGGCUUGGUGUGACGUACAAGAGGCAUGAUAAACUCUUAUUUAGAUUUGCUACGAAAGAUGACAAAAAGGAAGUUGGAGCCUCGAGCAGGAGCAAGUAUUACCAAAAGUAUGGGAAUCCUAACUUUGGAGGCCUCAAAGGGAUUAUAUCAUCCAGCCGGAAAAGAAAAAUUCUCUCAAUGAAGAGAGUCAGAGAGAUGAGGGAGGCGAGGAGAGAGAUGGAGGAUUUGGAGUGGGCCACAAAAGGGGUACCGGAAGUGACCAAAUUUGAUGAACACAUCAGCGGGGCUAGGAAGGGCCGCGUUUGGGAAAGAAUUAAAUUGAGGCAAAAACAUUAUAACGCUGCUGCUGAUGAUGAUGGACCAGACGUCAUCGUCAGCCAUUCUCGAGUCAGCCAUUCUAGAGAAAGGAAGGGUAGAGAUGAUGAUGAAGAUGAAGCUGUUAUGAUGAGUGAAAGAUCGAAAAUUCCAAGGAUGAAGAUGUACGCUGAUGAUUACAAAAAAGGCGAUAGAAACGAUGACGCAGAUUGGGCAUUAGAGUGA